AUGUCGUGGGACCCGGUGAGCACCCUCUGCGAGCAGCUCGUGAAGGCGGUGACGGUGAUGAUGGACCCGGCCUCCACGCAGCGGUACCGCCUGGAGGCCCUCAAGGUACCGCCGCGCCUCCGCCUCCCGAAGAGCCCCCUGAGGCCGGGCGCGGGGUUGUUUUUGGGGUGGGGGGCUGCCUGAGGGGAGCCGGGAUGGGUGGCAGCCAGACACAUGGCCGGCGCCGGCCCCAGCUCGGGACCCCCGUGCGCCUCUCGCACCGCUGCUCCUUCGGAUGCAGGUCGUGCCUCGUUGGCUUUCCGUAUGCAAAGCAGAAACUGCGGCGGUUUCUGCCCCCCGAGGCCUCUCCGCUUUCGAAAGGGGUUGCCCGCCGUGGGGAGCCUCGACCUCUCUUCUUCCAGAGUGUGGUGUCGCUCCACGGCCAUGCUGCCCCCUCGCCCGCCCUGGGGCCCACGUGGCCGGGUGUCUCCAUUGCAGGGGGCUGAGCAUCCUGCAUGGCCGGCUUCCUACAGUGGUGAGCGGGAGCAAAAAACCCCUUGCCUCCUCCGCGGACUCUCCGCGCUCACCUGGGAGUGUGGCAAUGUGCGAGUGUGCCCGCUGGGUGCGAUCUCGACAGUGCAAGGCAGAUUUUGUUGCUUACUCGUUUAGUCUGUUGUCCCCUUCUCCUUGUGCCUUCCAUCUUUCCCAACAUCAGGGUCUUUUCCAGGGAGUCUUCUCUUCUCAUGAGGUGGCCAAAGUAUUGGAGCCUCAGCUUCACGAUCUGUCCUUCCAGUGAGCACUCAGGGCUGAUUUCCUUAAGAAUGGAUAGGUUUGACCUUCUUGCAGUCCAUGGGACUCUCAAGAGUCUCCUCCAGCACCAUAAUUCAAAAGCAUCAAUUCUUUAUGGUCCAGCUGUCACUUCCAUACAUCACUACUGGGAAAACCAUAGCUUUAACUAUACGGACCUUUGUUGGCAAGAUGAUGCCUCUGCUUUUUAAGAUGCUGUCUAGGUUUGUCAUUGCUUUUCUCCCAAGAAGCAGGCAGAUAUAAAAGGGGAAAGGAUGCUGGGGGGCGGCAGGGAUUGUUAUAUUGGGAUUGCCACCUUCCUCCUCCUUUCUCUCACUCCCUCCCCCACCCAAGAGUCCAACUGCACUGACAAAUUAAAAAUCAACAGAUGCAGGUCAUGUAAAGCCAAACCAGUUUUUGUUUGGUUUCUGUGUUGCAUUUAUAUCCCACUGCAGAAUGCACAAAAAGUAUACAUUUCCUACAAAAGACACAAAACGUUUGGUUCCUGAGUAUGCCAGUAUCCAGUAGUAGAAGUGCUAGGGGAGGCAGCUCUGAGAAGUUUGAGGUGCUGUACAUAGUUUACCUCUUCCCCAUUUUGUCCUGAUGACAACCCUGUGAGGUACGUUAGCCUGAGAGGUAGUGACUGGCCCAAGAUCACCCAGUUUGCUUCGUGGCAGAGUGGGGACCCACUAGGUCCAACCACUGCACCUCCCUGGUAUUUCUGCUUGAAUAGGUUCUCUCUGUAUUGCGCACAGAAGAGCCCUGCCAGAAUUAAAAGAGAUGACAUAACCCUGGAUGAAGCAGAAUAACAUUGGUUGCAUUUCCAUUUCCAUUCGAGGUGAUACUAGGAUAGCCCCAGAGAAGCAGGAUUUCUGCAAAGGGUGUUAAACCAGGAGGGGAAAGAUGUUGGUGGCAUAAUGGUUGUGGAAUGAUGAGCAAAGACAGGAGUAGGAAAACGGAAUAAAAGAGGCAUAAACAGCAGCGACAGAGAGAUAAGAGACUUAUAUGAGGGCAUAGCAGACAGCCUUUAGCGUAAUCUCUAGCAACUUGAGGUUGAUGCAGAAAGCAAUGAAUUAAUGUAUAUAGACAAUUGAGGAGAAGUGCUCUAACUUGGUGAAGGGAGAAUGGUUUUGGUUACAAGCUUUGUGAAUUGACACAAUAUAUGAAAUUACCAGAGAGAAGACAGGCAAAAUAAAGCUGUAGUGGGCGUAAUGUAAUUGAUGUGUGCACAGUUGUCUGUGUAGCACAGAGCUUAUCAGUUCUUACGUGGAAAACCCCCCACAAGUAUGGGGGAAGGAGGAGUCCACUGAGAUUUGUGUGUGUGUUUCACAUAUUAAAAUAGAAAGUGAAAAAAGGAGUAGUAAGAACAGCAGUUUUACUGGUUAUAAACCCUAAAGGUUGCAUUCAAAACCAUUAUAUGCUUCAGAGUUUUGGCUGUUGGUGCACAUUACAGUACCAUAUGCUUUGUUGCCUUAACAAGCCCUUUGUAUUCUCAAAACAAGUGUGAGGGGAUUUCCUUUCUAGGAACAGUUUAUUUGAAAACCAAGCACUGGCCUUCUCACACAUCUUUCUCUGCAUUAUCUUGGAGGGCGGAUAUUUUUUGAACCAGUGUGGUGUAAUGGGUAGAAUAGGGCUGUGGAGAUUCAGGUUCAAACCUUCAGUUAUGCAUCUCUGCCUAACCUACUUCACAGGGUUAUGGUGAGGAUAAAAGGUUGGGGAAGAGCCAUGUGGGAUGCCUGAGCUCAUUGGAGGAAAGGCAGGAUAUAAAUGUAAUAAAUAAUUAAAUAUGAAUGUUCUUGUUUGCUUAAAAAAAUAAUUCUUGCUCUUUUUUAGUUCUGUGAAGAGUUUAAAGAAAAGAGCCCAGUAUGUGUUCCCUGUGGACUGAAGUUGGCCGAGAUAACACAGACUGCUAUUGUCAGACACUUUGGUCUUCAGAUUCUGGAGCAUGUGGUGAAGUAAGGAAGUGAAUGCAAAGCAAGUGGUGUGGCAUUGCAACUUUUGAGAGUUUUUUAAGCAGAAAAUCAGGCAUGCACCUGUCACCAUAAUCAUCUCUGGUUGUUAAUACUUCUAAAGUUUAUAUAUAGCAGGGGAAACCCAGUGACAAGCUGAAUAAUGAAUUUAUAAUCAGUAUUUUUUGUGUUAGUUCAGCAACGAGAUCACUCCGUUGUACUGUAUGGAGAUUCCACUUUUCUCUUUGCUGAGCUGUCUAGAGAUUUCACUUCCUCUCUGUUUCUAGCAAACUAACACCAUCUUCUCUCUCUCUCUCUCUCUCUCUGUGUGUGUGUAGUAUUAACUCCUGCCUAUUUUCUCAGCUGUGCUAGGUAAUGUUCAUGAUUGACUGUUUCCAGAGGGGUCUGUGUUGAUGACAGAUACUAUAAAGGAAGCCUUUCUGGAUCAGAUGAAAGGGCCACCUAGUUCAGAGCUCUGUUUCCAACAUUGGCCAGCCAGAUAAUUGUUGAGAAGUCCACAAGCAGAGCUUGUAGCCCUUUCCCACUGUUGGCACCCAGCAACUGGUUUUCAGUACAGUCGUACCUUGGAUCUUGAAUGCCCUGGAACUCAGAUGUUUUGGCUCCCAAGCACCGCAAACCCAGAAGUGAUUGUUCCAGUUUGCAAACGUUCUUUUGGAACCUGAAAGUGUGACGGGGCUUCCGUGGCUUCUGAUUGGCUGCAGGAUAUUCUUGCAGCCAAUCAGAAGCCGCAGUUUGGUUUUGGAAGUCAAAGGACUUCUGGAACCGACUUCCAUUCGACUUCCAAGGUACAACGAUACUGCUUUUUAGCCUGGUGGUCCUAUUUAGCUGUUGUGGCUGCUAGUUGUUGAAAAUGCUUUCCUCCAUGAAUUUGUCUAAUUCCCUGUUAGAGCCAUCUAAAUUGGGGGGCAUCACCACAUCUUGUUCUAUAAGUGAAUUAUUGUCUGUGUAAAGAAUUACCUUUUUGAAUCUGCUGCCAAUCAUUGGGUAGCCUCAGAUCCAAGUGUUAAGGGAGAAAGAAAUACUUUCUCGAUCCACUUCUAUCCGUGUUAUGCAUAGUUUUACCAUGCUCCUCCCCGCCAUCUUUUUUCUCUAAACUUACAGGCCCACACACUUCAGCUUUCACUGUGUGUUUUAUUGGGCAGGUUCCAGUGGAGUAGUGUGAGACAAUUUGAGAACCAAACUUCUCUCUUGCCCUAGCCAUGUUAGCUAUGCUAUCAGUGUAUUGUAAAGAUGAUGCCUCUGUGUUUUAUUGGGCAGAUUCCGGUGGAACAAUAUGGGUCGGCUUGAGAAAGUCUUUUUGAAGAACAACGUUAUGGAGCUCAUAUCCAAUGUGAGUCAAGCUGUUCAUGAAGUUAAAUUUCUGAGUUAUUUCUUUUAGUAAUAGAAUGUACUUCAAGGAAGCGAGUUUGAGCUUCUCCUCCCGCUCCUUUCUUCAUUUCAGAACACAUGCAGUUUCCAUUUUUGCUUGUUAAUAUCAAUAUUACUCCAGUGUCCCUUCCUCUCUUGUAAAUAUAUUUUUAUCUUAUAUUCCAGAGAGGGCUGCCAAAUCAUAACUACUGUAUUUUUUGCUCUAUAGGACGCACCGGACCAUAGGACGCACCUUGUUUUAGAGGGGGAGAACAAGAAGAAAAAAAAUUCUCCCCCUUCCUGCUCAGCACCCCUUCAGCGAAGCGGCAGGAGAAACGGAGCACCUUCCAUUUCUCCUCCCGCUUGGCUGAAGGGGCGCUGCGCAGCUCUCCCUCUCUGCUGAAGCCGGGAGAGCAAGACUCUCCCGGCUUCAGCAAAAGGAAUCCGAAGCCUGCGGAGCGCAGCGGGAACUCGUGCUGCGCUCUGAAGGCUUCAGGCGGCUAUCCCUGAAGCCUGGAGAGUGAGAGGGUUCGGUGCGCACCGACCCCUCUUGCUCUCCAGGCUUCAGCGAAAGCAAUGCGAAGCCUCCAGAGCGCGGAGGGAGCGUUUCCUCUGCGCUUCAGAGGCUUCGCGUUGCUAUCGCUGAAGCCAAGGAGCCUGCGUUCACUCCAUAGGAAGCACACACAUUUCCCCUGAAUUUUUGGAGGUGAAAAAGUACGUCCUAUAGAGUGAAAAAUACGGUAUAUAAAAGAAGCUUAAAAUAAACAAACCGAGGGCUUCCCUCUCCCCAACUGACUCACGCCAAAGAAAAUCUUAAUCUCAAUUCAAACCUUGGAUCUAUGUAGCUGGUAUAUUCAGCAGUAUGUUGUUGCAACCUUUUUCCAUCACAUGCCGGUACUUUAAAGCCAAUUAAGGAUCCAAUUAAAUGGAGAACCUCUGCUUCUUAAUGGUGGCGUAGGAGGGUUUUUGCCAGGGAAAGUGCUUUUGCAAUUAGCGCCUCCCUGCUUCCCACAUUCCAUGUUGGAGCGAGAGCCGGGUACCGAGAUAAACUGUGAGUGAAGCCCAUUCCCCCCCAUCCCUGGGGGGAAGUUGCAAGGAUGAUUUACCCUCUCUCAUCCUUGUUUUUCGUUCACCGAUAAUCCCCGCUGUCGUGGGGGCUGUCUCCAUUAAGGCAUGUGGGACCGGAAGCCACCUCCGUUCCAUUCUAGCCUUGGCAGUUGCAUAACUAUAUUUGACCUGUGAGAAAGAGAGAACCCAUAAAUCAACUAUGGAAGGGGGUGCUCAUGUUUGUGAGACCUUCAAGUGGGGAAUGCAACUUAAGUUGACCUCCUGGGACAAUUCAGUCAUAUAGCCCUCAAUUCUGCUAAGAAAAAGUUUAUCUGACAUUAUAGAGCAGUGAUUCCCUAAAUUCCCUUUCCCCAAUGUACCGCUUGACAGUUGCUGAGGGUUUUGACAGACCACUUGAUGAUUUUUCUGCCUUCUGUAACAAUUGUAAUGUGUUGUGCUAGAUGCAGCAUGAUUUUUAAUUUCAUUUUAAUUGCUUCUUUUAUUUCUUAUAUAUUGUUUUGUAUUGUGUUAGAGUUUGAAAUCCAUAGCAUGCAAAUGGUAAUGCAGUAAAAUACUACGUAAGGAAUACAAGUCCAUGAAAUACAAUAAAAAAUCAAUAUGAGUACUUCAUGUGAUGAAUGUGCCAUCUCCCAUCUUCGACCACAAAUCCACAGAAAUGUCACAAGCCACAAUAAUGAAGCUACAGACCACAGUUUGGGAACCUCUGUUUUGGAGGAUAAUUAACAACAAAACUCAAAGCUUACUGAUCUGUCUCAGUACAGAUUGUCCCUUUCUGAUAGAUCUAUUUUUAUUGAAGCAACCGUUACCUUGGCUCACGGAGGCUCCCAAGGUAUGAUAGGCUAGGAUGGGGUGCAAAUUUCAUGUGAAGUUUGUUUGGUCUGGAAUGUGUCUAUAGCAAGCUUUUGCUGCGGGGUAGGUAUUGGAUGAUCUAAAAUUUCUGUCUUGUAACACUUUAAUUUUUCAUUUACAGGGUACCCAGAAUAUUUUAGAAGAAGAAAGUCACAUUAAAGAUGUUCUCUCUCGCAUUGUAGUAGAGAUGAUUAAGCGUGAAUGGCCCCAGCACUGGCCUGACUUGUUAAAUGAGCUGGACACUCUCUCCAAACAGGGGGUAUGAAAUAUAUCUUACAAUCAAAUUGGUGCAUCUUUUCUGGGCUUAACUUGUAGGAUAUAAUUGUAUCAAAGUAUACAGACGUAAUGCAUAUGUGCACGCCUCCUGUAUUAUCCAAAUAUGUUCUUCAAAGAUCACAAGGUUAUUCCUGUAUUCAUUCUGUCUAUUUGUGGGGUUUUUGUUUUGCUUGGGACUCUAGGAGACUCAGACAGAGUUAGUGAUGUUCAUACUUUUACGACUGGCAGAAGAUGUGGUGACCUUCCAGACUCUGCCAGCCCAGCGACGACGUGAUAUCCAGCAAACUCUCACUCAGAACAUGGAGACUAUCUUUAGCUUCCUGCUCAACACCUUGCAGCAGAAUGUAAACAAAUACAGACGCAUGGUAAGAGUCUCUUUUCUUUUGGCUUAUGAUGCUGUCCUAACCCCACUUACUUGGGAGCAAGCCCCAUUGAAUUCGUUAGGACUUCUGAAACAACAUGACUAGGAUUGCUUGGUUAGGAUUGGAGAGCCUCAAUCUACAAUAGCAACCCUGCUGCUGCUUAAAUGCUCCAGGGUGGAAGAGGUGAUAUGUAAGCUCUAAUCUUGGCUAUUGCAAUAUACUUGAUUUUGUGAUCUGCCUCUCAAAGUGGAAACAAAUGAACUUGAAAUGUGGUAGUAGUUGGGCUGUUCAACUUGUUUCAUUUAAGAAGAAUAUAGACGAUAAUAAUGAUGGGGUGGGAAUUAGUAGUAAGAAGCCAUGUACAUGUCAGUAGCUCAUUCAUUCCUUAUUCUCUUUUCCAGAAAAUGGAUCCAACACAGGAAUCAAAAGUAAGUGGAGCCAGAACAAAGAGGCACAUUUUCCCCCCGCUGUUCAUUGUGCUGAGCUAGCAGUCUGUUGCUGAACUGUGGUUGUCCCAUAUAAGUUAGAAGUUACCUUUGAUGGAGUAAUUGUGAAGAAUAUGGAGAAACUGCUCAUUUUAUUUGUGGAGAGAGUAAUGACAGAGGUAGAAGGAGAACCCAUUCAUCCUAAACUGAUUUUUCCAAACUAACUUUCACAAGCAUGCUGGGAAACUUUCGUAGAGCUGCGUCAACUUUAUUUCUACUUAGUUCCUCUGUAUCCAUAGGAGAAAUAAGUUUCUCAUAGUACUUAAUGACUUGCAUCAGAACCAAAACUUAGUAAAAAAACCCAAAAAGCUGUUUAUUUUCACCUUUCCAUAGGAUCUGCUGUCAGUGAUGCCAAAGUAUUAUUGUUCUUUUGGGACUGUGUGAAGUAGAUUGCAGAAUCCAGUAUUGACUGUUUAUAACCUCUCAAUUACUUUCUGUUCACAGGCACAAGCAAGUUGUCGAGUAGGGAUAGCAGCACUCAAUACUCUGGCCGGCUACAUUGACUGGGUGGCUAUGAGCCACAUCACAGCAGAUAACUGCAAGCUGCUAGAGAUGCUAUGUCUGCUCUUGAAUGAGCCAGAACUUCAAGUGGGAGCAGCAGAGUGUCUCUUGAUCGUGGUCAGCAGAAAAGUGAGUUUCUCUGUUCUGUCCCCUUCAAGGUGUUGUUGUGGUUUUGGUAUGAAUAUAUUUAUGGAUAUAAUCCAGGAAUGAGUAGGGUAAGGCCACAAAGUUAUAUAUUGUCUACUGAGGAUUUUGUCCUGUCCUGUUCUGCACUGCAAUUACCAUAUUUUUCGCUCUAUAAGACGCAUCAGACCACAAGACACACCUAGUUUUUGGAGGAGGAAAAUAAGAAAAAAAAUAUUCUGAAUCUCAGAAGCCAGAACAGCAAGAGGGAUCGCUUCGCAGUGAAAGCAGCAAUCCCUCUUGCUGUUCUGGCUUCUGUGAUAGCUGCACAGCCUGCAUUCACUCCAUAAGAUGCACACCCAUUUCCCCUUACUUCUUAGGAGGGAAAAAGUGAAUCUUAUAGAGCAAAAAAAUGGUAAUUAUCCCUCUUUGAUUUGAGGGACAUGUUGUUCAGGGAGAAUGAAUUCUGCAGUAUGAUAGCUAUCGUCUGCCGUUUGAGCACUGGAUGAGUUACUGUUCCAUUUCCUAUCCCACAUUAACCUUUAGCAGCAUUUGUGGUUUCUGUUGGUCACAUCUGUAAAGAAAGCUGACAUGUAGUAUAAGUGGUAACUAAUGAACUGGCAGCUGCUAGUUGAUGCUGAAGAGCUAAUUUCGUAUGUUGUGACAAAGGUCUCCUUUGUUUUCUGCUCAGGGGAAACUGGAUGAUCGCAAGCCCUUGAUGGUUUUGUUUGGGGAUGUUGCCAUGCACUACAUCUUCUCUGCCGCCCAGUGAGUAAUAUCCGCUUCUGUGAGCGCAUGAUGACUUCCCAAGGGAAAGAAGCUGCUCUUAGUUUUGGCACAAAAUAGAUUGUGGAGCUCAUAAAUCUUAGCCAGUGGCUCAAGAGUUGGACGAAGGUACCAGGAGCACACCAUAGAAUGCCUCCUAUUCCAGCCAUGAUCCACAAGUCCAGAUUGAUAGAGAGUGCCCCCAAACCCUCAGGUGGAUUUUGGGUGUGCUGAGGAGGCUGCAGUGCAAAUGAGAGGAAGGAGAAGUCCCAUUUUACACAAGCAGAGCCCAUUGCUUAAGCAGGACAUCACUUUUGGAUAUCGCCCACAGCAGUCACCACUUGAGAUGUGAGCCACAUGUUGCUAUUGAUCUCAAGGUGAUUUUGUUAGAAUGAUGUGAGUUGGCAUUUUCCACAUCAGACUAGGCCACUGGGUGCUAGGUGUUUCUUUCGCCAUGCACAGGUGCUGAAAAUUGAUGUGAUAAAAUUACCUUGUGAUGAUUUCCGCCCAUUCCUUUUUGGUGUAGUAAUGGCCACACCUUACCUCCUGAAGCAUGUUGUCUUGUCAGAAGAUCUGGUGCUAUAAAACAGUUCAGUUAAGAUAGUUCUUUGCUUCUAGUGUUCUCCUUCGUGUCCUAUUGAUAGACACAAUAGAGUUGAUACAUGUGGUACUUAAUCCAGUAAGUUUUCUUGUUAAAGUUUCAUACUACUUAAGUUAAAUCCAUAAACUGAUGUUUACAGUAUUUCAUAGUGAUACAUGACUUCUGCUUUAUUUGUACUUUUCAGGACAGCAGAUGGUGAAGGCCUAGUAGAGAAGCACUAUGUUUUCUUAAAGAGACUUUGCCAAGUCUUGUGUUCUUUGGGUAGUCAGCUGUAUGCAUUGGUGGUGAGUUUUCCAUCACAAAGCAUUUUUCCAAGACUGUUAUUCAGUGACUGUUACAUAAUCUCAUGCCCCAGGUUGAACUGCUCUAUACAGUUCCCAUCUCUUUCCAGUGCGCUUCAUAGCUGAGUGCAAAUUUGAACCCUGUUCUCCCAGGUCCUAGUUUGACAUGCCAACCACUACACCAGAGCUUUCCAAAUUGUGUGUCGUGACACAUUAGUGUGUUGGCUGCAGUGUGUAGCCAUGUCACAUGAACGCUCCCUGUGCUCCUCCCGGGGCUGGAAAGGGGUUAGUUUUAUCAUGGAAUUCUACUCAGUAUUGAUCCAGAGCAGAACUCCAACAUACAGUUAGCAGAGUAAAAACUUAAACACAUUGCAGGAUUCUCAAAAAAUAGACCAGAGGCAAUUGUAUUUCAUCCAGCAGAGCUUUACUGCUAUUGAAGGUAAAUAAGCAUAAUGGCCACAAAUCAAAUACAUUGGGGAUUGGCACUGUCCAUAAGUCCAGUUGCAGCAGAUUUGACUUUAACUUAUAAUAACUUAUAAUAAGUCUAAAUCUUAGCACUUUAUGCAGAACACCACACGAGAAGGAAAGAGAGACAGAAGGAGAUCCAGGCUCCUUCUGGCCUUACUAUUAUAGUCAUCAUGACCUUGACAGAAAAGAUAACAGAUCGAGUUUAAGCCAGCUGUACUCAGCUUCUCUGAAGGAAUAACUGAACAUCAUGAAACUUCUGCUUGCUUCUUUCACACAGAGAAGCUUCCAGAACCCUCUUGAAUUAAUUAGAAUAGGAAAGAUCUCUACACAUCAGAUGAACACUUUCUGUACUAAGAAAUGAAAACUGAAAAGUUUAACCUCCAGUUUAAUAGUAAAACUGAAUUACUGUGUUGCAAAAUGAUGCAUGUCUGAAAAGUGUGUCACCAACAUGAAAAGUUUGGAAAGCUCUGCACUAUGCCAUACUAGUUUUUCUGCAGCUGCCAUGUGGCAGCUUGUCAUCUGAAUCCACCUUUGAAGUUUGCCUCCCCUCUCAACAGGGCUCUGAUUCAGAUGUGGAAACACCUGUCAACCUUGGAAAAUACCUCGAGUCAUUUCUAGCUUUCACAACCCACCCCAGCCAGGUAGGUAAAGGUGAAGGUUUUCCAACCUCUUGUGUAUAAAAACAGCCAUUUGUGCUCUGUGCCUGUGUAUUGAAAAUGUUUUAGGUGCCUUUCUCAAUGGAAGAAAGGCUUUGUUGUCAGCAGCAUGGCGCUUAACCUUAAACACUUCGUUCUCAGUGCUGAUUUGGUCUGUUUAUGUAACUCAGGAUAGUAACUAUUGCAUACUUGUAUCCUUUCCUUCUCUGAAACUCUGUCAAGUGAUGUGGCAUGCUCUUUCCUGCCAUCCAGCAUUCAUGAAGAUCCAGCUUGCAGUAGCAAACGGUGGUGUGUGUGGGUGUGUUGAACAAAAGUUUCAGUUGUUUUGGCAUGUGUUUGUUGGAAGUAAUUGCUGCUUGGUUUCAGCUGAGCUUGGGAGUAUUUGCCAGUGCCUAAGCUUGAGAGGAUCAGUGUGGAUCACUAUUGUCAUUUGAGCAUUACAGUUGGAGAUUACUAGCUUGAUAGACUGAUUCCUUGUUUUUCCCCUAGUUCCUACGCUCUUCCACCCAGAUCACAUGGGGAGCUCUUUUUCGGCACGAAGUCCUGUCACGUGAUCCUCUGUUGUUGGCUAUGAUUCCAAAAUACCUGCGAGCAUCUAUGACUAAUCUUGUGAAGGUAUGGUGCCAUGAGAGUCUUUAAUUCUAGAGUGUUCUUAAGACCUUUGGUUUUCCAAGUGUGGAGCGGCAAUCUUGAGGAAUGGUUGGAAGGCUGCUGGUAUGCCGGUGGAGGUCUCUCCCAUCAUCUCCCUUCACUGGGUUUUUUGAUUCAGCCAGAAGGCAGAACAAUAACAAUUUAUGCCCCCUUUUGGUUAGUGCAGAUCAUGUCCCAAAGGGACAACCUAUUCCCCCCUCCAUGCUUUUUUAUUCUGAAAUGACAGCCCCCUAGAAGUCUUAAACUUAUUCUAGAUUAAAAACAUAAGUAGAUACCAUAAGGCCACUUGCAUAGUUAUAUCCUAGUUGAAAUUUGUGUGGCUCAACAAGCUGAGUUCUUGAAAAUGUUUUGCUGCAACACACAUGAGAAUUCUGCCAGUGGGAGAGUUCUGUGAAAUUACUAUUUUCCCACUCAAUCUCUUGAAUCUGACACCCCUUCUUUUUGCAGGUGGGGUUUCCUUCCAAGACAGACAGCCCCAGUUGUAAAUAUUCUCACUUCGACUUUGACAGUGAUGAAGACUUUAAUUGCUUCUUCAACUGUAAGUUACCUUUGUUCUAGUAAAACCCAUCUCUUUGGAGGAUAACCUGGAAGUUUCCCCCUAUGCUCUUCAGUUUGAAUGGCAUUAACAGAAUCUCAGAAUGGGCCAUUUGAGAGCAGAAGGAGAUGCUUCGGUGUGAAAGGUCCUCACAUGCCUUCAGUCAAAACAGUUCAUGAAAGUAUAUCAGCAAUUAUUAGCCAUGGUAGAUAAGUGGGCCCUCUGGGUUCAGAAGCAAUAUGCCUCUGGAUCCUAGUUGCUGGAGCACAAUCUAUUGCCUUCAUGACCUGAUUGUAUGCUUCCUUCAAGUGUCUGCAUCCCAGAUUCCUUCAUCUGACUUAGUGUUCAAUUGUUGAAGUGAGCAAGCAGAAGCAGCUGCCACAUGGACACUGGAGAGCCAGUGUGGUGUAGUGGUUAAGAGCGAUAGACUCGCAAUCUGGGGAACCGGGUUUGCGUCUCUGCUCCUCCACAUGCAGCUGCUGGGUGACCUUGGGCUAGUCACACUUCUUUGAAGUCUCUCAGCCCCACUCACCUCACAGAGUGUUUGUUCUGGCGGAGGAAGGGAAAGGAGAAUGUUAGCCGCUUUGAGACUCCUUCGGGUAGUGAUAAAGCGGGAUAUCAAAUCCAAACUCUCUCUCUCUCUCUCUCUCCCCCUCGUGGUGAUUACUGCUGCCUUUCACAUGACUGGGUUAUUUGAGCUGUAGCAGUAGGUGCCUCUAAUUUAAAAGCCUUUUGAAACCAAGCCUUUCAUGUGUAAUUUCCUUGGCAGCUUUCCGUGCACAACAGGGAGAGGUGAUAAGGAUGGCAUGUCGCUUGGACCCUCGAACUGGCUUCCAGAUGGCUGGAGAAUGGCUGAAAUAUCAGCUGUCCACUCCGGUUGAUAUUGGACCCGUAAACUGUAAGUUUCCUUAAUGGGAGGCGAAGUAGGCUUGGUCUCCAGCAGUGGUGGACAUUUUGCUUUACCUUUUCUUCACCCAAACAGUUCCUCAUUAUUUUUUCCAGCCUAGGCCUUCCAGCUGGAGGGCAAGGGGUUAGUACCUGAUAUUGGUUGAAACGCAAACCCUACUCUUAAUUUUUUAAGCUCAUUUUUUAGUAUAAACAGCUUUUAAACAGGCUACCAAACAACUGGAUUGGGGGGGGGUCAUAGGGCAAGACUUUUGGGAACUUUUUACACUGGUGUAGGAAAGUAAAUUCUUGUCCAAAGAGAGAGGCCUACACUGCUACAAAUCUGGAAGUGUUCUAAUGCUUUCCUUUUUCUUCCUCUUAUAGCUAAAACUGGUGAAGGCCUCUGCUCCAUCUUUUCAGUUUCUUUUGUGCAAUGGGAUGCUAUGACCUUUUUCUUGGAGAGUGUCGUUAGCCCGAUGUUCCGGUUCAUGGAAAAGGACGUAUGUAGUCUUGAUGUUUCAUUUUUUCCUGCCUCGGUUGGCUUGCUGUGACAACAGUGUCUCUUGAAGAGCACAGAGUGGGGAUGCUAACUUGAUCACAUUAUAUUACAUUUACAGUAGCACAUUAUUAUUUGGAAAAUACUAGCUUAAGGAAGUCUUUCAAGCUCUGCUAUUUUUAUGAAGAGCAAAAGAGCCAAUGUGAUGUAGUGGUUAGAACAGUGGUUCUCAAACUUUUUCCUCUGGGCCACACUUUCAGAAUAAAAAAUUGCUGGCACCACAUCAACUCUUUUAUUAAUAAGAAAUAUGCUGGAAAAGAAAAAGAAGCAACUCCUAGCAGCACUUGAUUCAUAACAUAGAGCACAACUACUUUAUAACAUAAUCAUGAGACAUCCAGAAAGUAUACAACAAUGCAGCUACAUAAGAACUUUAAAUGUUUCUUUGAUUGCCCUUGAAUCUUUCCGCCACACUUGCCAUCAUCUCCUGCCACACCAGUGGGACUUGCCACACCCUUGGGUUAGAAUGUCAGACUGUCUCAGAUUGAUCUACUUCACAGGAUUGUUGCAAGGAUAAAAUACAGUGGUACCUUGGUUCUGGAAUGGCUUAGCUGUCGAACAAAUUGGCUCCCGAACACUGCAAAUCCGGAAGUAAAUGUUCCGGUUUGCGAACGUUUUUCAGAAGCUGAAUGUCCAACGCUGCUUCCGCUUGAGUGCAGGAAGCUCCUGCAGCCAAUUGGAAGCCACACCUUGGUUUUCAAACAUUUUGGAAGUCGAAUGGACUCCAGGAACGAAUUAAGUUCAAGAACCAAGGUACCACUGUAUGUGGAGAGUGGGGAGUUCCAUAUAUGCCACCUUGAGGUCUUUGGAGGAAAGGUAGAAUGUAAAUGUAAUAAAUGUAUAAUUAUGUGGUUACAUUUUUCCUGACAUUAUUUUGCCAUACUUAAAGGCUUCCAGCAGUAGAACUUGAACAAUAAAACUAAGACUUAAUUCACACAAUGCUUUUGCGGCGUGGUUGCCGCUACAAAACUUCUCCCCCGUGCCUAUGUUUUGGUUCCUCUGCCUCUGAAAUUGGAUGGAAGUUCUGCCUCAGAUGAAUAUUUCCAUUCCCGCAUCCCCUUCUGUUGGAGCUGCUUUUGUGGGAUCAAAUGUUGCAGAAUAUUCAUACAUUAUCAAUAUAGUGUGUGAAUUGAACUUGGUGAUGGGCAGUUCUGCAGCCAGUUUAAACACGUGUCACUAAUUUCAAAUGCAGUCAUCACAAAGUUGAUGUUUUGUGAUUGUGACUUCUGUCUGACCAGGUAAAAUAAUUCUUCUCAAAAUGUGUCUUUGCUAUUCUGGAAAGUGCUCAGAUGGGGGUAGAUCCUGUAUUAGAACUUGCACAGAUCACAAAUAGUGAAUCCAUGAGAGUCGCUCUCUACUGUGAUGGUAAAAGUUGAACAAGAGACUAUAAACGAUUCAGUAUGCCAGUAGCUGUGCUGAUAUUGCUAAAUGCUUUUGACUUUGUGCAAGUAUGUCACCAAAAGCUCUACAGAAAAGGAAAUGAUAAGUUCCCUGUAUAUAAUGAGCCUAGACAACCACUGGUUUGAACUUCUAUCACAUCAUUGGCUAGUCAUUUUUAACUCCCACUCAUGGCUUAAAAUACCUUUGUGUUAAUUUGUUAUGCUUUCUGUUGAAUAAUACUUUUCAUAUAAACUUGUUAAUAGGCUAAUGUGGCAUUUUUGCAAGUAUUACGUUUGUCACAUUUCAGCUAAAGGUACAGGCAGCCUGCCUUGGAUUUGCCUGAGAAAGAGUGACAUUCUACAAAGCCAGAGUGCAUUGAACAUUGUUGAAUUCUUCUCUUCUCCUAGGAGAUCCCAGUAUCCGAUGGCAUAGAACUGCUACAACUUGUCCUCAGCUAUGAAACAAAGGAUCCCCUCAUCCUGUCCUGUGUCCUUUCUAACGUUUCGGCACUCUUUCCAUUUGUCACUUACAGGCCAGAAUACCUGCCAGAUGUUCUUUCAAAGGCAAGCCCUGUUUUUUAUCCUGUUAGUAUGAUGAGGCUUUUAAAAAUGAUACCGUGUAGAUCCUUACCUGUAAACAUUUCAUAGGAUAGAUCUAGGGAGGCUAAACAUUUUUCUCUGAUCAUUCUAGAGAACAGAUGCCCUAGGAGGGACAAUUUUUGUUGUUGGGGUGACCCAUAUCCAGCAUCCCAAGUUUUUCUGGUGACUAAAGAACCCCCCUCCCAAUAAUGUGGCUGAAUUUUAAAGUUUGUGCAUGUGUGUAUCAGAUAUAAGUAUGUAUGUAUGUAUGUAUAUAUAUGUAUAUGUACAUAUGUGUGUGUAUUUACAUCUAUUUAUAUGUGCAUAUGUAUAUGUACAUUGCAGAGACAUACUUAGAAAAUAUAUGGUUGUUUCUUUUAAAUAUUUGAAGCUCAAGGGGAGAUUGUGUUGCUUCUGGUAGCUGGUGAGGUUUGGUACUUGAUUCUGUACUACUGCUAGUCUGCCUUCAUGCUUACAGGUGACCCCCUCAGUUCUCAAAAUGGAGAACACUGAAGAACUGUGAUACACUUAAUUCCCUGGGUAAAAUAUGUUUAAGAUCUGAACACAGUGCUGGUCUUGUCACUAUUAAGGGAUACCUCCUCCUACCUGAUGGAAUCCUUGUCUUGUGUUGAAAUAGAAAAGAGGAAACUUUUCUCUGAUAAAGACAUUUUUGUGGACUUGGAACAGCUAUUCAUAGACUAGUGACUGGUGUGCAGCACAUUCAAAAGCAUGAACCAUUGAUAAGUGGCUUUUGUUCUUGUUCCCAUAGCUCUUUGCCUCUGUUACCUUUGAAGUUGUAGAAGAAAGUAAGGUAAGAUAAUUUUGGCCAUACUGUACAAUGUAUAGGUGCAUGGAUUAAACUUCCACAUAGCAAAAUAGCAUGCUUAUAUGCAAUAAUGGCACUAUAGACUAAAAUUCUAUAUAUAAAUUCUUGGAUACCAGUUCUUUCAUAGGACCCUUGGGGGAAGUAUAUUUCAGUACUGACCACACACAUCUUUCACUAGUUCUCUAUGGAUGCAAUUGACAUGGAUGUGAUUGAUAAGGAACUGUAUCCAUGCCACAUAAGCAAUGCUUAAACAGUGUUGGGGGGGAUGGAGAAUCAUAACAAAAGGUUGUGUAUUCCACAAUUAUGAGCAAGUGUUACAGAAUCUUACAUUAGGUAUAGAAUUCAGUUUCCUUAGAAUAAAAAUAAAGCAAGUCUUCAGCCCAUAUGACUGUAAAGGUAGGUUUGAAAAUGGGUCAGCAAAGCCAAAUAAGAUAUCAGCAGCAGAUUGGUGACUGAGCAACAUUUCCAGUUACCUGGGGGUGGGGAAGGGUGCGAUUUCAAUGCAGUGCAACUCUUUAUCCCUCCUUGUAACUAGCCAAAGCGGAAAAUAUUGUGCAGAUGUUCCUGCAUACCUCUCCCACACCUUGGGAUUUAUGGUCAUCAGAGGCUUGCUGUUAAGGGUUCAAUCAGCAUUAGAAAGUCAGGUGGUCUUGCAAUGGGGAGCCUGUGCCUUUAGCCUGCCCAGGGUGGCUUGUUGUGUUGAGUUUUGACUGUCCUUUCGACAGGUGCUGAAGACGGUCCUGUUUUAAGAGGGCUUUUGACCUGGGGUGGUAAUAUUUUGUUUAAUACCUACAAAAAAGCUACUGAUCAUGCUGUAUUGCAUGGGGUUGGGCUAGGUGACCCCUGCAGUCCCUUCCAACUCUGUGAUUCUAAGUAUGAUCAACAGCUGAUUCUGUUAAAAUGUGCAGAGCCUAAUGCAACCCUCAAGCUUUAUUGACUGAUUCUCGUAGGCCCCAAGGACCCGUGCAGUGAAGAAUGUGAGAAGGCAUGCCUGUUCCUCAAUAAUCAAGAUGUGCCGGGAUUACCCUCAGCUUGUCCUGGUACUUUAUUGAAUUUUCUAUAUGUCAUGGAGCGGGGUGUGUGUGUGUGUGUAUGCUUUCAUUAUUCCCCUUGUGGUUUAAAGCUCCUGUGUGUGUUCUAUGUGUGGCUGUUAGUGUUUGGUGGCAGUGGCACUGAUCAUUGUCAUCCCCCUUUCAUGGACGCUUGAGGUCUUGUCUGUCAGUCAGUCAGUCAGUCAAUCUUGAUUGUUUCAACCACGAGGGCCUUCUCAGCAGUGGCGUCCUCCCUGUGGAAUGCCCUCCCAUCCGAUCUCAAGGAGAUAAAGAACUACAGACCUUUAGAAGACAUCUGAAGGCAUCCCUGUAUUGGGAAGUUUUUUAUAUUUGACGUUUUACUAUGUUUUUAUAAAUGCUGGAAGGUGCCUAGAGUGGCUGGGGGAACCCAGCCAGAUUGGCAGGGUAUAAAUUAAUAUUAUUAUUAGUCACGGAAGAGAGAAGUAUUUGUGGUAGAGGUUAGAAAACAUAGGGAUGGAGUAUAUAUAAGAUUCAGCAUAUGGAUACAAGAGCUAAGAAUCUAAAGCAACUGAAUACAGAUUCACACAUAGUGAGGUGAGAAAUACUGGGUGGUUUCUAUAGCAAAUGUGUAAACAUCCCAUUCACAAUUGUACACGUAUUUUUAGGCACUAGUGCAUAUGCAUCUGGGAAACCUAAUUGCUUUUUCCAUAUGUUCACUGGUGCUGGAAAUGCUGUGGUUUCUGCAGAUGCCAUUACCAACAGGGCACAGCUCAAAGGAGCCAACUCCUAGGGGCCAAGAUCCCUUCCCCCCAUAAAAUAUUAGAGGGGGCUGCUCCCCCAAAAUUGAUGGGCAUUGCCAUUCAAAUAGUGUGUGCUCCCUCCCCAAUAUUUUAUUCAAGUUGGCAUCCCUGGCACAGCUAAUCCAUUUUUUGUUCUGGAAUAAGGUUCCAUGUGAUUAGGAAGUAUCCUGGCAAUACAAUGAGUUACUAUUACGUUAUUGAAUUGUAUUAAUUGUUUUGAUCAAUACAUUGCCGUUGUUUGCUUUAUUUAUAGUCAUUGCGUUUGAUUUUAUAGUGAUUGCAAUGUUGGUUGUCUUUUUAAUGCUAGUGUGAUUAUUGUGAGCAACUUUGAGCUGAACAUUUGUUGCUGGGAAAGCAGGAUACAAAUGUUAACUCAAAUAAUGUAUGGCAUUGCCUCGAACAAAAGCAGUCGCCCACCAAAUAUUCUGUGUAGGAAUUCCGCAUGUAUUCAAGAAGUCGAGUCUCGUGUGAUCCUGUCAGUUGACUGACCUUUGCUUGAAUCUGUUUCUUCUAGCCAAACUUUGACAUGCUGUAUAACCAUGUAAAGCAGCUGCUCUCCAAUGAGCUACUCCUGACCCAGAUGGAGAAGUGUGCUCUCAUGGAAGCCCUAGUCCUCGUCAGCAACCAGUUCAAGGACUACCCGCGGCAGAAGGUUUUCUUGGAAGAACUCAUGUCUCCUGUCGCAACCUUGUGGCUGUCUGAAGAAAUGAGGAGGUGCGAGGACUUCCUCCGUUCUUUCUCUAAUGUAGUACAGUGGGGGGGGAGGAAUUACAGUCCUAGGCUGUAAGGUUUAAUAAUAUCCUGUACAAGAAUCACACCAGCAAUCCAGAUUAUGAGAUUCAGCAUGCUAACCAUUGGCAACAUAAUCUUACAUAGCUCUCAAACUGAAUCUGACUUCUUCAUCUCUCUCUUUUUCUGUUAAGAGUCCUGACAAAUCCUGAAGAGUUUGUCCGCUAUGUUGGUGCUGAUAAUAAACUUACAGACCCAGUCAUGGAAGAUCCCUGUGGCCUAAACCGUUCUAGAGUAAGUAGUUAUUAAGUAUGAACCUUAGAGAAGGGGGAUUUAGCUGUUUCUGGAAUAUUUCUCCUUGCUCAGUAGAUGCAUAGUCUUUGCUAUUUCAUAAAGGACUUUUUGAGCAUAUGUCAUCUCUGAAAAAAAAGAAAAGCUGUAACAUCUGGGAUAUGGAACAUUUUCGAGAAUAAGAGCUAGGGUGGGUUUUCUUCUGCCUCUUUUAUCUAUAUUGUUUUGGCUGGACCUCCUACAAAGGAAUUUAUAAGUGACAUGGCCUAACCAGCAGCUGGUUUUGUUUCUUGUUUUAAUCCCGAACUACUAAAAGCAGUCAAAUAGCAAUUGGUUUCUGCUGUACAGCUACAUAAAAGCCAUAGAAUCCUAGAACUGUAGAGUUGGAAGGGAUCCCAAGGGUCAUCUAGUCCAACCCCCUGCAAUGCAGGAAUCUCAGCAAGAACAUACAUGACAGAUGGCCAUCCACCCUCUACUUAAAAACCUCCAAUGAAAGAGAGUCCACAGCGUCCCGAGGGAGUCAGCUCCACUGUUUUAACAGCUGUUACUGUCAGAAAGUUCUUCCUUAUGUUUAGUCAGAAUCUCCUUUCUUGAGACCUUCGGUUAUAGGGCGGUAUAGAAAUAAAACAAACAUGCCCAAGGUUUUCAUAGAGGCAGAAAGCAGUUUUACCAAGUUGCUAUAUUGAGAAGCUCCAAGGAAAGUGACUCCUACGGCCUCUUGUUGGUCUUUCUCUUUAACCCUUAGAAUCUUUCCUUCUUUGUUUUUCUAUAGAUAAGCUUUUGUGUGUAUACCAUUCUGGGCGUUAUAAAACGGGCUCGUUGGCCCGCUUCCUUGGAAGAGGCGAAGGCUGGAGGAUUUGUGGUUGGGUACAUGUCUAAUGGCAGUCCAAUCUACCGUAAUCCCUGCUCUGUGCAGGUCCUGAAACUGUUUGACAACUUGCUUGCGCUCAUAAGGUGGGUCAGCUCAGCUUGAUAACAGUCUCGUAGUGAAAAUGCUAUGUAUUCUGAGCAGUGUGUUUCCUCAUUGGAGCCAAUUCAGCUCUUGCACAUUGAAAUUUUGUAAGGAAGUAGAUAAGGGGAAAGAAACCCAGUUCCACCCUGCACAUUUCAUAGAAUUGUAGAGUUGGAAGCGACCCAUGAGGGUCGUCUGGUCCAAUCCCUUGCAGUGCAGAAAUCAUGCCCACAGCUGUCCCUGGGUGGGCUUGAACCACCAGCCUUCUGGUUAACAGCCCGACACACUUGUGGGAAUUCUUACAGGAGGAGGUGUCCCCAAAUUUCGUUGAACAUAAAAUUAAACACAGCUUGCUGCCUCCACUCCUUGUUGUUGUGCAUGGUCUCUUUACUCUUCCUGAAGAUAGAAAUUGGAGAGGAGAGUGCAAAUCAACCUUACUCAGUGAAGUUGUUUGUGGUGGUCUGGGGAACACUGUGAUGACUUGUUCCCUGAUCGCUAAAAUGGCAGCACUUGUGAUAAAAGGCCAAGAGCUUCCACCUUUUUAUGUUAACAGCUCUCAGGUGAACUUAGCUUACACAAUUAUUCAAAUUAAAAAAAGAGGAAAUGGGAGGGGAGUCAAAUAUGAGCUUGAGUAGGCCCUUGCCUAUGCUGUCUUAGACUACAACGCAGCACUACUGUGACUUACGGCAGGUUGCAGGAUGAUGAGAAUGUCAAGUAAAUGGUUGCACUUGUUCUUUGGGGUUUUUGCAUGGUGCCUUGUGUUCAGUGUGUGGCAGGUAAAGCUGUGGAUACAGCUCACAGUCAGCACAAAGGUAACUUAAGUGUGUAAAACAUUCUCUGCUAUGCCCUUGAGAAGCUGAACAAUUCAUUAUAUACCCUUAGCAUGUAAGUAGCUUAAAUAUAUGGAAAUCUUUUGUUUAGGGAAUCCAUGCUUAACAGUUAUAUUAGCUUCAUAUCUGCAUCUUAUUGGAUAUAUAUAGUUUUGCUCUGUUACCUAUUAAAUGCAGAAUACCUCCUUUUACUCCCUAACCACUUCAGCUUUUAUUGUUUUGUUGCUGUUUUUAUUUUGUUAGAAAUUAUUGAACCAGACUAAUGGUUCCUUUUGUAGAGAUCUCAUGAGUCCCUUUGUGCUCACCUACCGUCUCCUGGUCCUAUGAGAUCUUUAUGCACAAUAGUGAAUGAAACAGGUUAGCCUGUAUGCAGGUAUGGGACUGUUCUGUGAUUUGGCAUGUAAGGACUUCACUAAUCAGCCUGCAGAGGCCAUCCUAAUACUGUGAAUAUGCAGAAUCCUAGAGGGAAAGAGCAGUCUGGCAGAAUGGGAAAGGGAUGGGGAGAGUAUGUUGGAAAACAUUGUAAAUAGGCAGCAGUUUGUGGGGUGAGGUGGGGACUGCAGAAGGCAAUGGGGGCAAGCUUCUGCUGAGGGGAAAGGUUUUUCACUGUUUUUCUUGGAUUUAAAAAAAUGUAAUGCUCAUGUGGCCUUGGUAAACAUUCUCCACAUCCAGAUUGGCCUUCAAGUGUCCUAGUAAUUAAUAUAUUGGAUCAUUCUGGAGACAUUAAAACACACCAGUUAAAAUCAUGCAUUAAUGAAUGUGUCCCAUGUUAAAUGGUCUUGCUUCAAACCUAAUGUGUGGUAGUACAUACAUUGGUAAAAUCAUAAGAUAGUAAGAUGAAUAUUGAGCUCUACAGGGCACUAAAUGAAUAACACAAUGAAUAAAACUGUGAAUAACUUGAAAUAAUUUUUCUGUCUGUUCACUGCUAUUUCCAGAUCUUAAAUUCUAUUCCACAUUAGUUUUUUAUAGUAGGUACAGUGGUACCUCAGGUUAAGUACUUAAUUUGUUCCAGAGGUCUGUUCUUAACCUGAAACUGUUCUUAACCUGAAGCACCACUUUAGCUAAUGGGGCCUCCUGCUGCUGCCGCGCCGCCGGAGCCCGAUUUCUGUUCUUAUCCUGAAGCAAAGUUCUUAACCUGAAGCACUAUUUCUGGGUUAGCGGAGUGUGUAACCUGAAGCGUAUGUAACCUGAAGCGUAUGUAACCGAAGGUACCACUAUAUUUAAAAAAUUAUAUUUUGGCAUAUGCAAUAGCAUUGGCCUAGUUUCAAGAUAUGCUUCAAAAGACUGACCUCUGUGAGCUAGGGUCAAUCAUGUUAUGAGAGUAUUCCUCAAUAGAGCACUAAGCUGCAAGGUGAAACUGACUACCAGUGUCCUUGGCACACCUGGCCUCACCAGCAAGGAUCUUCAUGAUCCCCCUGCUUUAUUGCUGAGAGCUUCAUCCUUGCGCUUUAAGGAAGGCAUACAGUAUUGUACAGAGGCCAGGCUGUGGCGCUCAUACUCGGUUUAUGCAUGCUCCACAACCAUGCAUCCUGUACUGCCUAUUCUGAUGUUGAUCAAAUACGUUAGUUGGGUCUGACCCAAAAGCCAUCUUAGCUACAGCAAUAGGAUUUCAAACCAGGCUUGGAAAACAACAUCUUUGUAAAUGUUAACAUUUGGCGCCGUGAAAAGGGUUCUGGUUGCCAUAUUGGGAUGUAUAAGACCUCUAAGGCAGCAUUUUCCCAUUCUCUUCACAGUUAGUAUUCUCUUCAGGGUAGCACAAAUGAUUAAACAAUAAAGUCCUCUAUAUAGUGUUUGCAGGCUUUUGCCAAAACACGUCGUCACUUAGUCUUCAUAAUACGAUGCUUCUCCUCUCUUGCAGCCUCUGUUAGCACCCCUUGAAAUGAAUGGGCAGUUCACACCUCAGAACUAUUGUUCCAGGCUGUCUGCAAGCUCAGGCAAACAUCGCUGCAUUGGUUGCACUUUGAUCACAUUCUUGGAAGGUUUUGUCUUCACAAGCAUAGAGACUUCCUUUAGAGACUUCUAGAAAUGAAAGAUGAGACUCUGGAGGGCAAUUGAGAGGCCUGCCCCUGCCACCCAACGUCCUAGUCCUUUGUUACCCCUGUACCCUCACACUUUGGGGGGAAACGCUGCUCUAGAGGGAGAUACUGAGUUACCGUUGAUCACCUCUAGCAGCAGGUACAGUGGCAUUGCAAUGUUGGCGGAGGCUGUUGGGCCGUUUGGCUGCAGAAUUUGUGCUGUGUGCAGUUGCUGAAGCCCUGAGUGGAGGUCUGUGGUCUCAAAGGAGAGAGGUAGGUGAGACAGAGACCCUUCUCCCCACCCCACCCCCACUCAGAUGACACAUCUAGCAGGUGAGGGACCCUGCGAUAGCCUUGAUGGCAAGAGAGAAGCCAUCUGGGGCUGGACGGAGGCUCCUCCCUGGCAGCGUGGUGUGGACAAAACAGAGCUGUUCUCCUUUUCAGGGGGGUCAUCUCUCUGCCACACAGCUGCUUAUAGCAGACGAGCACAUCACUUAAGAGCUGUAUAUUCCUCCAGCGUCAACUGCCAUUGCAGGGACUGUGAUCCCUCCUCGGAGAGGCACUCUGUGUCUUUCAGAGGUGGGAUGGCCUCUCCUUUGCUGCUCAGGAGGUGCAGAGCAGUUUGCUAGAAGCAGAAUUUGCCUGUGGGGUCCAAGGCCUCUCUCCGAUUGUGGCCUUUGAUGGUGUCAUUGCAGCCAGUAUUUCAAAGGGCUGAGGUGAGGUGAACAGAGGGUAACUGUUGUGUGGGGCAGCUGGUACCCUCUGUGUGAUAAAGCGGAGACUUCUCCAUGUCCCCAAGAGAGUAUAGCAAUUUUAUUGGUAAGGAAGGGGGAUCCCAUGCACAAGUGCAUGGUCUCGCCUUCCUCAUCACCAGACGCAGGAGCUGUUCGUAAGAUGAUGUUGGCUUCCUGCUGCCAAGCAGCUGUUAGGUACAACUUGUGACUGUGGAACAUCCUUCUCUCUUCCAGGACUCAUAACAAUCUGUAUAUGCCAGAGAUGGUGGCCAGGUUUGGGGAAACCUUUGCAAAGGCCUUAGACCUGCUGGAAGUGGAGAAGAAUGCCAUCCUAGGUAAGUAUCUGCUCCUCUUCAUUGCACUUCUACAGCUUGUGUGUUAAUCUUUACAGCCUCUGUGUUCUCUUCAAGAUGCAGAAAUUGUUACGUUAGCUGCAGUCAGGGCAUUCUGCUUAAAACAACCAUAUGCUGCAUUUCUCUAGCUCAACAAGAGUUUGAAGUAGGCCUAGGCAAAUGUAGUUACCCAAGGGUUGAGCUCCUGCCUGCUUGCCUGCCAUGUGUGUGAGAGAGCAACGUUUUUUGUGCAAGAUUUUUGCUGCCUUGAUUUUUGCUGGGAACAGGAGUAGGCACCAUGUCAUAUAAUGACUGCGCAAGUAAUGUUAAACUGUGAUUUAGUGGUGCAUGCAUGAGCAGGAAGGAGCUGCCCUGAUCCUUGGGCUGCCCACACACAAGAGAAAGACCUCAGCAGAAUUUUGUUUUACUUCCCAUGAAACGUGGUUUGUUGUUCUGUACAAACCAGAGUCUGGAGUUUAAAACAAAUUCAUUUCCUUUGUGUCACUCAAGAUAUGUCCUAAGCCUUUGAUUUGCCUAGUUUUUCUAGCAAGAUCAAAGAAGUUCCUGGCCCAGGAGAAGGGCUUUUUAAUUUCUAGCUGACUUAUUUGCCAUCUCCUGGCUUAGUUGAGGAGGUUGAAUUGGCCUAAUAACACACAGGUUCACCAUUUUCUGGUGGCCCAUCACCAAGAGGCUUUCCAGAUCUUAACUCUCAACCCCAAGGGUCAGGAACCUCAGGCCCAGGGGCCUAAUGUGGCCUUUCGGGCGUUUCUGACCUCCCCACAGCCCACACGCCUCACAAGACUUUUUCUGCCACCCUCCUGCAAUGUGACUGGAAUGUGUCCCUGAACUGUGGUACUGCCUCUUGCUUGGUCUGGAUGGAAAGGAGGGUGGGUAUGUGUGUCGAAACCUCUGACUUGCAGGGCUGAAAUGUGACCUACUGUACAAAAGGAAGAGUCACAUCCGUUGCUGCUCCCACUUACGCCUCUAGCCCUGCCCCCACCAUUGAUAUGCAUCUGCCAGAAGGUUGCCCAUGAGUGAAUGCAGCCUUGGGGCUGAAGAAGGUUCCCUACUUCUGCUCUAAAUUCACCACAUUUUCAGAGGAGGGUUGACUUUUAGAGACGAUCUGUACAAUUGUGACAUGGAGCUGGAUUCUAAUUCUGCCUCAGGGCCACUUCUUACAUAAAUCUUACAAUGUGGCUAGCUCUAUGUGCCUAUGUAGCCUGUGCUCACGUCAUGCCAGGUAGAGACGACUGCUUUAGAUUUGUUUUGCAAAGGAUCUUCUAAACCAUUUCAGGCACUGAUGCAUCUUAAGUUAUACAAUCUCUGACACAGGUAGAAAUGUAUAUGAUUAGAAUGUCCAAGUUGCUUUUGAGAAAUUGUUAAAACAUGCCAGCUUUCUUCUAGUUCAGCCUGAGAUAAUGUGACUAGAGUAUCACAUAUUUUUUUCUGGCCUUCCUAUCAGUUUUUAAAGCUAUGGCAGCAGCGUUGCUCUAGAUAGAUCCUGCAACCCUGAUUAUAUAUCCACAUCUGUGUUUGCUCCUUUUGGUGGCUCCCCAAACAGUCUCAUUACAUGAUUUCCUGUAAUAAUGCUUUUUUCUUCCAUUAGCAUUUCAUUUGCUUGUGGAGAUGAACCUAUUCACUGACAAUAUUUCACUCUUCUUAGGCCUUCCUCAGCCCCUGCUGGAAAUUUAUGACUCUCCUGUUUACAAAACAGUGCUGGAAAGGAUGCAGGGCUUUUUUUGUACCCUGUAUGACAACUGGUAAGAACUUCAAUGAUUUAGGAAAAAAAACUUGUGGAAUGCACAAAAACAGCAGCAGAUCAAAAGGCAUACAGUGCAGUUUGGUGCCCUUUAACUACUAUAAUUUCUUGUCUCAUGAACUUUUAUUGCCUCAUUCAAUAAAACCAUCACCGUCCCGGGAGCUGUUGGUGCAGCCUCACUCCCACCACCUUCCCUGGGCCUACUUAAGAAAGACCUGUGUGCCCUGAGGGAAGCCAGAAACAAGGAACCUCAGACAAGGAAACGGGCCAUCGACUCCUGAGGUUGGCCUGAGAAUAUUUUGUACCAAUUGUUUGUUCUAAUAUUUUAAAUGUGUAAAGCACCUUGGGUGCCUUGGCCUUUGGGACAAAAGGGUUGGUAUCAGUUUAUGUCCUGCCUGUAAGCUUUGUAGGAAUUUCCAACUGAUCACUGUCGGAGACAGAAUGCUGGACUAAUUGGACUUUGGUCUGACCCCAAAAGGCAAUCCUCCUGUUCACAAAUGAAUAAGCAAACACAAAUCUGUAUCUUCAGAGCAGAAUGUCUUCCAACCUUCAUGUUUGUUGUCUAAAUUGAAUUGUCUUUUGAAUUGCAGUUUCCAUGUCCUGGGGAAUGCUGGCUCUUCAAUGCAGCAAGAUUUCUACACAGUAGAGGGCCUAGCAACUGAGCUGCUCAACUCUGCUUUUCUCAACCUAAGCAACAUCCCUGACUAUAGACUCCGCCCCAUGCUUCGUAUCCUUUAUCUGAUGUUUGUUGCUAGGCUCUCCUUCCAAAAUCAUUUUUGACUUCCUCUCUUUGUCCAUGGCAUGAGAGGUCUUCUUUUCAAAAUAGUACUAACGAUUUCCUGCUCCCUUUGCCUUCCUUCUGCACCUGACCACACCUGGUGCAGAUAGUUCACUUCUCAGAAAAAAUAUCUGGAAAAGAGCAGAAUAUCUGGAGGAGGCAUGUCUGCUAGGGUUUCAAAACAAUAUGGGAAGAAAUGGCUCAGAAUGGUUCUGGCUCUGUGUCUAAGUUGGAGAUUUCCAAUAGAGUUCCCAGUAAAUGAUUUUCCUGUCCAAACAACCACAGCAAUUAUCCUAGUUCUUCAUCUUCACUUUCAGCCAAAAUGGUAGGAAGCCCAGUUUGCAGAACUUGUGACCCUCUUUUCAGAAUUCAGCCCUCCAACCAUGUAUUGUGGCCUGCCAUGUGUUUAACUCCCUUUUUUUUCAAGGAAUAAAAAGCCUGUAUAAAUCAGCCUUUCUUCUCAAUUCAGAUUUAUGGAGCAUUUUAAGUAGGAGCGGUUUGUGCAGUUGCCUGUACCGAUCAGGCUUUGGGAUUUCUGGUGAUGGAGUUGGUCUCCUAGUCUGUUUAUCAUUAAAGGAGAGCUUCAGCCGCAGGGCUGGGUGGUUUAGUAGUUUGUCGUGUGGAAAUGCUAAUGCUUAUGCUAGACUUCUUUAACUCACUCCGCACAGGUGUGUUUGUGAAGCCCUUGGUCCUUUCCUGUCCAUCUGAACACUAUGAAUCUCUUAUCUGUCCUAUACUUGGACCACUCUUCACCUACUUGUAUGUGGUAAGAAACAGCAUGUGUAUGACUUGCAUCAUUUGCUGCUGUUACUGGCCAGGGCUUCCAGACUUCGUUGUCGUUCAGGGUUCUGAAAUGUAUUUGUUACAUUUACAUCCUGCCCCUUCUCCAGAGAGCCCCGAGUUUCACUUCAGCAAUAUUGUAUGAAGCAGGUUAAACUGGGAUAGAAUUUAUUAAAUUUGGUCACAGACCAGUUCCAGCUCACAUACAAUAUCAGGGAAGUCAUAAAACAUGAUAGGGAUACAUUUGAAUUUGCAAUUGGGUAUAACAGGGGCAAUACAGAUAUAGCAGCAGUUAAAAAUAUGUAAGUUAAAUCUUAAUCACUAAAAUAUAACCUAAAAUUGUUAAACUGGGAUAUGGUGGCUUGCCCAAAUACUUAGGUAAUACUAUCGUUGGGGACACAUUUUAACCAGGUUUCCUGGAUGCAAGACAACUCUCUAGAGACUAAUGGUCACUGGCUCAGGCUUCAGAUUUUAGCCCAACAACGAGGUCUAGGAGGCUUCAUACUCUGUAGCAAGGUGAAGCUUAGUGAAAUCUCAAAAGCUGAAGGGGCUGUUAGGUGCAGCUGAGCAAAAUGUCUUGUAGGGAAAGGGAAGGCUUCCAUGCCCUGCAUAGUUCUCUGCUCAUUUCCAUAAAUAGCAGAAUCAGAAUUGAUAAGGUGUUACUUUGCAUAAUUUAAAUGGAUUACCAAAUUUAGUUUUUAUCGUCACAUAAUUUGGGUUCCCUUGACAUGGAACACACACAGCCCUGAGUGUAUCUCAUUGAUUGCCUUCAUGUUAUGCUACUGUUCUUUGUUCCUUUCUGUCAGAGGCUGUCCCAGAAAUGGCAGGUGAUCAACCAGCGAAGUGUGCUUUGGUAAGUGUGAUGGCUUAAAGGAAACCAGGGGGACUGCUACUCAAAAAUGCCACUUGAUGUCUGCACUACUGCAGUCUCUCUGGAAGGGGGCAACCAAAGCAGUAACAUUUUCUAAAACACCUAACACCGACAAAAAGAUGUGGGGAAAUUAAAAGGUUUUCACCUUGUGCCCAAGGUCAAAGAGUUCAGAAUAUCUUUUCUAAAGAGAGUGCGCCAAGGUCUGGGUGCCGCAACCAAAAAGAUCCUUUCCCAUGCUUCCUCUGAUUGUGGAAGUGCAUAGAGAAGGGCUCUGCCGACAGCGUCUAGUAUCAGGCAGCUUCAUGGGAGUGCAAACAGUCUUUUAGAUUACCUGGGUCCCAUGCAGUUAUGGUUAAGACCAGCAGCUUGAAUUAUGUUCAUAAAUAGGCCAGAAACAGUGAGAGAUGUUCCUUGCGGCUGUAUUUUGCACAAUUUUAAGUAGCCAAGUACUCAUCAAAGGUAGCCCCACAUAUAAUACAUUAAAAUAGCAUAACCUGAGUGUUCUGAGGGCAACAAUAACAAAUACCAGAUUGCUUCUGUCCAGGGUAAACGGACAUCUACCUGAGCUGUGUUUUCUGUCACAGAUAACCAUUUGGGCAUCAAAAGUAAAGGCUAGAUCUAAUUGCACCCCAAGUUAUGAACCUGAUCCUUUAGGAGAGUGCAACCCUGCCUAGGACAGACUGAACCUCACUGCCCAGGACAGAUGAGCUACCCAUCAACAUUACCUUCAUCUUGGUGAUGCUAUCAUGCUCAGCUUCAGUUGUAGUCCUCAGGUCUAUCUUGCUUUUCCUUCAGCAGUGACGAAGAUGCAGCAGAUGACAACCCAGAAUCCCAAGAGAUGUUAGAGGAGCAGCUAGUUAGGGUGCUUACCCGAGAAGUUGUGGAUCUAAUUGGUGAGUGAAACUGGUAGGUUGCAUGAAAAGCCUGGGCCAUCUGUAGUAUGUCUCUCUGAGCAAAAUAAAUUCCAGUAGUAAGUUUAUUUUGGGAUUUGUGGGACCACAGUGGCUUGUUGUGACAAUUCAUAAUCUUGUUUUUCAUGCUCCAAAAGUGCUUCCAUUGUCAAAGCUGUCAUUUUUCAGUCUUAUGCCGCACACCCAAUUUAGGCCUAAAUAGGGCCUAGAAUACUGGUUUUCAGUCUGUGUUCCUUGGAAGUUUAUUAAUUCCUUAAUUGGAGAAAAUGGUAGUGAGAGACAAGGUGCCCAAAAUGUAUGGCAACGGAGUUGGGCAUGUUGUACAGCACACUAUAUUGUCACACAGGGUGGCAGCAAGGCCAAAACAAUUCUGCCAGCACCUUGUGGGAUCUGAUAGCAUGACCUAAAAUGUGGCCCAGAAUCCUUUGCAAUUUGUGGUGAUUUUGCAGUAGAGGGACAGGACUUCCUUAGCAGAUAAAUGGCCGUAGAAAUUGUUCCCUGAGAAUAAGGAGUUUGGAAGCCACUGGCCUAAAUAAUUGCCAUCCUUUUUGGAAUUGGGUCUUAUAGCUUCCUUUGCCAUUUAGUUUAGGUGUCCAAGACACAUAACCAAGCAAUAGCCUUUCUCUAGUGACCUCCAGAGUGCUUCAUAUGUAGGUUUCCAGCCAUACCAAACCUCUCACCCUGAUGGUAGGCUUGGAGGAAAUACUGUUCCAUUUGAAAUACAUUUUGCUCUGCAAAGGUGGGUUUCACUCCUUUCCUCCUUAUUAUACAUAAUAUAUAGUAAUAUCUUCCUAUAGACAUAAAAAUGCAAGGCUGUCAUCAUGCAUAGCUCCCAUUGGAAAUCCCAUCUUGGAUUUGUGUGAAGUCAGGGUGGGGUAUGGUGUUGAAGAUGUGAGAGGAGAAAGAUGCCGGAGGUUCCCACAGGAGUGGCCUAUGUGAAAGGGAAAUUGCACAAAGGAUGGGGGAGGACACACGAACAUGGGGGGCGAAGGUGAAAAUGAGUACAAAGUGAGACUGGAGAAUGGAAGAGAGGUGGUUUUAGAAAUGGGGAGGGUGAAAAGUGAACUUAGUUGUUGCUUCAGGUGAGAAGGGGAAGCCCUAGGAGGUUAAUGUGGAGGAAUGCGAGGGGGAUUGGCUAACAGAGUAAGGAGGGCACGGCCUCCAGUGCAUUGAUAUACAUUAUAUACAUAUAAAGGCAUUGCAAAGGAAGAAUUAAGUUGGGUAGUCCUGAGGGGGAUGUGUAAUGUCUUGUAAAGUGUUUUCCCCUGUGAAUAUCUCACAUCCCCCCCCCCCGGUGUAUUUGCAGCUGUUUGCUGUGUCGCAAAGAAGGGUGCUGAGCAGAACAGUGCUGUUGCUGCAGAUGGAGAUGGUGAGUAAACGGAUUGUCCUUUCUGUUCCACAUUUGAGGUCUUCUAUUCUGGAGCAGAUUAAUCAUUAAGGUAACCAAUCUAUGGGCUCUCAGUUUCCCACCUCAGCCAUGAAGCUGGUGCCAUGAAGAAUGCAUUCAUGUUGCUUUUUCCCCCCGUAGAUGAGGAGAUGAUGUCUACAGAGGUGACUCCACCAUCUAAUUCUGAGCUCACUGAAUUGGGCAAGUGUUUGAUGAAGCAAGAGGUAAGGAAGCCGAGCUUCCAUUCCUUCCCUAUGUUGUGUGCACAUUUUGAAACAGACUUUCCUUUAGUAGACCCUUCUAAGCCUAAAACAGAGCUCUGAACUUUUAUUGGAGAAACCCUUGGCCUUAGAAAUUCAGUAACAGUUGUGAGCUUCAGUCAGCCAAAUGUGCCCUCCGCCUAUCAAGGUUCCUGGGCAAAUCUGAGUCCGAGAUGGCUGAUUGUCCUGGACGAACUGGAAGGGCAUCAGGGAGCUUUCAUGGCUGAUAUGAUCAUAAAUCCUUUUUCAGCCUUUUUUACUUUGGCCUUCUUCAAUAUCACAGCACAUUGUACAAUACUUACACUCAAGAGCCUUUGUUCUCAGGAACCAAGAACAAAUCUCACAGGCUGCCACGUGUCUAUCUUUUCUCUCUCCAGAAUGUCUGCAGUGCGCUCCUGGUUACAGCCUUCACAUCCCUUUCAUGGAAAGAUACACUGUCCUGCCAAAGAACUACCACAAAUCUGUGCUGGCCGCUGCUCAAAGAGGUGCUUCCAUUACAGGGGCUAGUAGGGUGGAGGGUGGUGAAGAUGAAUAUGGCCAAGAGUUAGUGAUUCCUUUUGGGCACAGUGUGCGUAGUAUGAGUGAAUCGUAGAAAUCACCUUUUCUGGGAAGAUGGGUAGAAUCUGGGUUAUCUUGCUACAUGUUCAUCUGUCUUCUGUAGGUGCUUACAAAGAACAUGAUGAUUCCUGAAGCAGUGACCUGGUUUUUCAGAAGUGUAUUGACAGGUUUACAAGUACAUGGGCAACACGACGGGUGUAUGGCAGCUCUCGUUCACUUGGCCUUCCAGAUCUAUGAAGCUUUGGUAAGGGGAAAGAAUUUCUCUUUCUCUCUCUGUCUGCUGCCAUCUUUGAGGAUUAGUGGUGAUGCAAGCCCACUGAACCACCCCCUAUGACCUGAUUUGGAUCUGGGAGGGAGGCUCUUAAUUUCCCAGGGCUUAUGUGUUGGUUUUGUUCUGGUAACGAUCCUUGUUCACUAUCUUCUUUGCUACUUGAAGCGUCCACGGUAUGCUGAGCUGAAAGCAGUGAUGGAACAGAUUCCAGAAAUUCAGAAAGACUCCCUGGAACAGUUUGAUUCCAAGCUACUCAACGUAACGCUACAGAAAGUAACAGACAAGCGCCGGAAGGACCAUUUUAAACGCCUGAUUGCAGGCUGCAUAGGGGUAGGUUGUGGCAUCAAGCAGCACAGAAACAGCUCUCUUUCCUACCUCCAGGGGAAAAAAUGGAACCAUGUUGUUGUUUUCAUUUAUUAAUUGCUUCCCAUGAGGCAUCCCGAAGCAAUUUACAACUCUCUCUACCUAGGCUACUGUUAGAUCAGUGACAGCUUUUUUUAGCCUAUUAGUCCUGACUCUAGGUCCCACCAGCCUCGGGUUAGUCACAACAGUAGCAAAACUCAAAUGCCUUUCUCUUGAGAUCUAGUUCUCUUUUUUUUUAAAAAAGGACCUAGGCAUGUAUUGGCUGCAUGGAUAAGUAUACAGCUUCAGUGCAAGAUCCACUGUGGUGUAAUUGUUAAAGAGUUUUGGACUAGGACUUGGGAGACCCAUGUGUAAAAUCCCCACUCAGCCAUGAAACUCACAGGGUGACCUUGGGCCUGUUGCUCUUCCCCAACCUAAUGUACAUUUGGGAGGAUAAAAUGAGGAGGCGGAGAACCAUGUUUGCCACUUAAAGCUCCUUGGAGGAAAGAUAGGAUAUAUAAUAAUAAAAAUAUUAAAUAAUCACAGUUUGAAAGCACAAUAUGCUGAUCUUUAGAGCAAAGGUUAAAAGUACCUCUCUCAGAGCUUGUAAUUGGUGGCAGGCCAACUGUUAAGAAUGCAUUAGCAAGGAGAAAGGUAAAGGGACCCCUGACCAUUAGGUCCAGUCGUGACCGACUCUGGGGUUGCGGUGCUCAUCUCGCUUUAUUGGCCGAGGGAGCCGGCGUACAGCUUCCGGGUCAUGUGGCCAGCAUGACUAAGCUGCUUCUGGCGAACCAGAGCAGCGCAUGGAAAUGCCGUUUACCUUGCUGCCGGAGCGGUACCUAUUUAUCUACUUGCACUUUGACGUGCUUUCGAACUGCUAGGAUGGCAGGAGCAGGGACUGAGCAACGGGAGCUCACCCCGUCGCGGGGAUUUAAACCGCCGACCUUCUGAUUGGCAAGUCCUAGGCUCUCUGGUUUAACCUACAGCGCCACCCGCAUCCAGCAGGGAGAAAAGUCAUUAGCAAAGAUAGCAUUUUGUUGCUGGCAUGCAGCAAGUCAACUCUUUGUUUCAACAGAACUGAUAGAAGGAUGUUGGCAAGGCUUAAAGUACCUUACAGACACUUGAAUUGGCUUUGACCCUAUCAUGGCUCUACCACCAGUAGCCCAGGAAGGUUGAGUUGUUACAAUCUCACAAUUAAAGGGUUGUGGCAAAAUGAAAGUGUUGUAUUGGCAUGGGAGAUAUUUUACUUUUUCAGCAGAGGAAAUUUUACUGGAGUUAUUGUGCAUGUGCAAUGCCUAAUGGAGACUUCUCUUGUUCCUUACAGAAGCCCCUUGGAGAGCAAUUUAGGAAGGAAGUUCAUAUCAGAAACCUUCCCUCUCUUUUCAAGAAGGUGAAGGCACCCCUAGAUACAAAUCCAUUGGAAAAUGAAGAUGGAACCCUCAUUGCGCUCUUUGAGCAAUAG